CGAAGCAAUCUACGAACAUGCCUUCUCAGCGAUCAGUCGCCGUCAUCGGCUCUCUCAACAUCGAUUUCGUGACCAGAACGUCGCGUCUGCCGCAGCCUGGCGAGACUCUUCAAGCUAUCUCUUUUGACACGGGCUUCGGAGGCAAAGGCGCCAAUCAAGCAGUCGGCGCUGCUCGUCUCGCGGGCGAAGAUGUCAAAGUCCGAAUGAUUGGCGCUGUGGGCGAUGAUGGCUUUGGCAAUGAUUACUUCGAAGCUCUCGGCAAAGAGGGUAUUGAUGCCAGUGGAGUCCGAAGACUGCAAGGCGAGAAGACCGGGGUUACGAACAUCAUUGUCGAUGAGAGUGGGGAGAAUAGGAUUUUAUUUGUUGCUCAUGCCAACAUGAAGUUUGGAGACGCGGAAGAUCUGAUCACUGGGCAAGAAGGCGAUGUUGCCGUGUUCCAACUAGAAAUCCCUCUGAACACCGUUCUCCACAACAUGCGCAAAGCAAAAGAUGCUGGCAAGCAUGUCAUCUUCAACCCUGCACCUGCAAUUAAACUGCCAGAGGAUGCCUACGCGAACAUGGACACCUUGAUCAUGAACGAAACAGAGUCGGCUAUUCUCGCUGGGCAUGCGGAAGCAAGCUCAGACAAGAAUAGCCUGCUCGAGCUUUGUAAGACUUUCUUGACUAAGGGUGUCCGAGAGGCAGUGGUAAUCACUCUUGGUGGCGAGGGUCUAGUCUACGCCACUGUCUCCGGUGCAUCAGGCCACGUUGGUGCCCACAAAGUGAAAGUCGUCGACACCACAGCCGCUGGAGACACCUUUGUUGGUGGAUACGCAGUGCAGAGAGCGAGACAUAUUUCGGGAGACUUCGACUACAAGCGUGCGUUGGAGUUCGCAACAUUGGCUGCGUCCAAGACUGUGGAGAAACCUGGCGCAAUGGCAGCUAUUCCACAUCUCCACCAGUUGCAAUAAAGAACACUACUACUCUCGACGAGAGACAAUCCAAUUCUGCCAUUGAGACAGACAUCAGACAACGUGUCUUGCAAUCAACUCCUUCCACCAAAUCACUUUCUCUCAUUAGCCUCGACUUCAAGUACUUAUUACCAGUCUCCUCUUCUUCCCGAAGAGUCUAAAAAGCAACAACAACCUCUUACUCCAUUACCACAACGCUCAUCACAACCAUUCUCACACCUCCAAACCCGAACAGCGAAUCACAAUGCCGCAAGACCAAAACACCAACCAGACUCAAACCCCCUGGACAAUCGACUACGGCGGCGACAGCUACCCACUAGACCCCAACAGGCCCAACAGCACACGCAUGCACCCCUGCUAUCUGAAACGAGGAGAAGAAAU